AUGGAGGAAGCUGAACCAGAUACAAGGCCCCUUAAGAAACGGCCUAGACUUCCGCAAUCACGAACCAAGAAAGUCGCUUCAUCUGUUCGAGAUGAUAUCGGUGCCAAGCAAGUAGAAGAAAGUUCUUCUGACACCGAAGCCGCGGACGAAGAAGUCUUGGAUGAAGAAGAAGAUGCAGGUACUGCGUCCAAGAGCGCCGAGGCAGCAUUAUCAAGAACUGAGGAAGUUGAUAUCAAGGGCGGUUGGAAAGCCGGCGAUCCAGUACCAUAUUUAGCUUUGGUCAAGGUAUUCUCACUCAUCGAAGCGACGACGAAGCGUCUGGAGAAGACAGCGCUUUUGACUGCGUUCUUCCUCCUUGUCAUACAGCGGAGUGCUAAGGGUGACUCAAAGUCCCUCCUGCAAAGCGUGUACCUCUGUAUCAACCGAUUAAGUCCGGACUACGAGGGUAUCGAACUCGGUAUAGGCGAGAGUCUGCUGGUGAAGGCUAUCAGCGAGUCCACCGGCAGGAGUCUCGCGGUUGUCAAAGCCGACCUGAAGAAAAAAGGUGAUCUCGGACUCGUGGCCAUGGCUUCCAAGAACAGCCAGACGACCCUCCUCAAACCUAAGCCAUUGACCGUCCCCAACGUAUUCUCCAGCCUCAAGGAGAUAGCACUGAGUUCUGGUCAAAAAUCCCAAGAAAAGAAGGUCUCCAUCAUCACCAAGCUGCUCGCCGCAUGCCAGGGAUCCGAAGCAAAGUACAUCAUUCGUAGUUUGGAAGGCAAGCUGCGGAUUGGAAACGCGGAGCGCACAGUCCUGGUGGCGCUCGCUCAUUCGUUCGUGCUCGCUGAGCAGGAGCGCGCGGACAAGCGGCUGAAGCAGGACAAGCUCAGUGCUCGACUUGAAGAGGCUGCGGGCAUCAUCAAGACAGUAUACAGUGAGCUACCGACAUACGAUCGCCUGGUACCUUCUCUGCUUGAAGUCGGCAUCGACAAGCUGCAUGAAGUGUGCAAGCUCACGCCAGGUAUCCCACUCAAACCGAUGCUUGCCAAGCCCACCAACGGCAUAGGCAAAGUGUUGGAUACGUUUGAAGGUCACCACUUCACCUGCGAGUACAAAUACGAUGGCGAGCGUGCUCAGGUGCACAGACUGGAGGAUGGGACGAUCAACAUAUUCAGCAGGAAUUCCGAGGAUAUGAGCAAGAAGUAUCCUGAUCUUGCAGACCAGCUUCCACAGUGCAUCAAGGAUAACACAAAGUCAUUUGUUUUCGACGCUGAGGCCGUUGCCAUUGACAAGGAGACGGGCAGACUGAUGCCGUUUCAGGAGUUGAGCAAACGAAAGCGCAAGGAUGUCAAGGUCGAAGACAUCAAAGUCCGAGUGUGCCUGUUUGCAUUUGACCUCAUCUAUCUCAAUGGCGAGCCUUUGUUGAAGAGGCCAUUCAUUGAGCGAAGGGAACUACUCAAGGAGCAUUUCCAAGAAGUACCUGGAGAGUUCUGCUUUGCUAAAGGGUCAGACUGCGAGACUACAGAAGAGAUACAACAGUUCCUGGAAGUGAGCGUGAAGGACGGCUGCGAGGGUCUUAUGGUCAAGAUGCUGGAUGGCGAACACAGUCAUUAUGAGCCCAGCCAUAGGAGUGUUAAUUGGCUCAAGCUUAAGAAGGACUACCUAGCAGGCUUGGGAGAUUCGCUCGACCUCGUCGUCGUCGGCGGCUACUAUGGCAAGGGCAAGCGCACGAGCGUGUACGGCGCGUUUCUCCUUGCGUGUUACGAUGCGGACGCCGAAGAAUACCAGACGAUUUGUAAGAUCGGCACUGGUUUCAGCGAGGAGGUGCUCCAGGCACAUUAUAAUAUCCUUCAGCCGCUGGAGAUGACUAAGCCGCGCGGAGAUAUCAAGGUCGGAGGGGCGAAGCCGGACGUGUGGUUCGAGCCCAAGAUUGUUUGGGAGGUGCUCACGGCGGACCUGAGUCUAAGUCCCAUCUAUACUGCGGCGCAGGGACUGGUUGACGAGCGUGGCAUCUCUCUGCGUUUCCCUCGAUUCAUCCGAGUCAGGGAUGACAAGAAUGCAAAUGACGCGACAGGACCUGAUCAGAUCGCCGAGAUGUACGAACGACAAGCACUCGCCCCGAGUAAGGGUGGCAAGAAGGGUGGGGGCGACGCGGACGACGGUUUCUGGUAG